AUGGCCCUCUGGCUGAUCGGCCAAGGCGCCAAUGUCACUGAAUGGCGCAUGGGAACCGGUUUAAUCAUCCUCAGCAUAGCCGCUGGAUUCUGUUCCGCAAAUGUUGUCCGCAGAGUCGUCGACAUUAUUCGGGACAGGGUCGGUAACAUCGGAGAUAUAUUCUCCCCUGCGGAUAAUGUCCUCAUCCUGCACCGUGCAAUCUCGAAAGGAGAUGCUGAAUCCGUCCGCAUUCUACUUGCAAAUGGGGCUGACCCUUCCGGGUGGGAUAUACACGGUGUAUCGGCAUUGACACUGGCCACGGCAAGUGGCAACGAAGAGAUAGUCACGAUGCUUCUGGAUUUGGGUGCAAACCCCUUACCUCAUGACGCUGUGGAACGAUCUGCCGUGGGGUGUGCUGCUAGCUCGACCAAACUGAGCUGGAAGACAGUAGAGCGGAUUUUCCACGCGUAUCGAAAUGCAGGCGGAGAUAUCAACUGCACUUAUGUUACCAUUCCGGAGUUUGUUGGUGGAGCCCCUAGGCCUCUUCAGACACUGCCACUGCAUCAGUUUGCUGCUGCCGGGUCGGUACCCGGGAUAGAGUUACUCCUCCGCUAUGGUGCGAAGGUCUCCACCAAGGGGCGCAAUGGGAUGACGGCACUCCACGCGGCUCUGUUCAGGUAUCGGUAUAAUCGGGAUACCUACCAAAACAUUGACGAGAUCUGCCAGGUGCUGGUUAAAGCUGCUAUUCGAUUGGGAGAAGAUUCAAAUAACCAAUUGACCUCGUCUUCCUCCUUCAUGCCAAUGAGAGGUACCACGGCAUUGCACCUAGCUGUGGUUUGUGAAUUAGAGGAAAUUGUCCGGUUGCUACUGGAUCAAGGGGCUGAUGUGAAGAUAGUUGAUGAGGAAGGGAAGACCGCCUUAGAUCGCGCUAAAGGAUUGGGCAACCAGCCAAUCAUUGAUUUGCUCACGGCGAAGGACGUAUGA